CAACCAUUUCUGUGGUAGACGGGAUGUAAAGUCUUAUCAAAAUUCGUAACAAUAUUUCUCAUGUCUACUACAAUCCCCCAUUUUAAUGCAGCAUUCUCUCCAGCUCAUCCUCACUAGACGGACGUCACACAAAUACGUUGCAAAAAAUACUGUCGCGGACAACACUACCAAGUAGUUCGAGUUACUUUUGAAAAAAUUGAACUGGCUGAUUCCAACCAAGUUAUAAUCAUUGGAUUGGAUUCAAUUGUGGAAAAAUUGAUUAUUUUAAUUAACAAUUCGCGGAAACUUCAGUUUAUUACGUAGAGCGGUAAUUCCACUUACCUUCUGAAUUGGUGCUCUGGUGUCAUAAUUUCACAAACGAGGACGAGGAACACGUCACCAAGAUUGGAAUUUUAUUGAAGCAGUUAAUUAAGAAUCCUAUUACAACAACUCAACCAGCCAUCCUCCCUAAUCACUUCCGCAUCGAUGUACAACAGCCUCUCAACUCCUCCCACCUCGCACAAUCGUCCAAACAAAUACCACAGGAUUGUCAACCUCAUCCCAAGAUCAAAUUAUAUUUAUCAGUGUUUCACACAAUUUGAGUGUAACAUCGACAAAACUGAUCCACUGAUUGAGACUGCCACAUUUUUAACACGUUCUUGCAUUCAAGGAUAGUCACGUUAUUGAAGUGAUUACUAUCUUCAGCCGUUUACGAUUCGAACAGGGAUUUGUCGCUUUAAAUCCAAAGUGUUGCCAUGUCUGAAAGACGGUUAGUUUGGGAGGAUAGCAGGAAAGAAAUAGACAAGCCCAUUACUAUCAAUCAGUAUGGUACUAUGACCAUCCCAACCAGGGCAGCGCAUACCCUGCUUGAACGAUCCGUAUAUCUUUUUGAUCAUGGAUCUGUCCAGUGUACUACAGUAAUUUGGAAGGUGUGCCAGAUUUUGAAGGAAUUUCCUCAAAUUGGUGACAGGAACAUGGCAUUCCUUCGGAAUACUUCAAAACCAGAAAAAAUCAUUGUUUCCAUCUCCGGUGUCGAAAUCAAGGGACUGGAUUCGUUUAUAAAGAAACUCCAAGCACAAACAGAUGCUGUUACCGUGCUUACCCCAUUAGACAAGGCAAACCGACUGUUUUACCUUUUCCACAAAAUUGAGGAAGACACCCACAUCAAUGAAGAAGGUACGGAAACAGUCCAAAAUUCAGAGGCGUUGAAGUCGAAACUGUUUAAAAAAAUGUUGACCGACAUGAUAAAAAACCUAACGAGGUGGAAGCGGUCCCCCUUAACCCAGUUGGGUCAAGGGAACGGGCACAACCUUCCCCCAGAGCCGGACGAGUUUCACGAGAGCGUGGUCCUCGUCUCCAAGUUAAUUUCUUACAUGAGAGACGAUAACCAAUACCAAGAUCCCAUUUCCGUCUUGACGGAUAUCUGCUCUUCUGGAGAUUGUGCAAAAUUACUUUUGUCUGACCGAUAUUACCUGCCGCACCUUUUUAAGUUGUGGAAAUGGUUUUCGGAAGGCGGCAACGCACUCUUUCUAAAAGAAUUGGCACACUGCUCAGAAGACCAUAUAUUUGAAAUGUUGUGGGAAAACCCAGCUCUUAUUCUCGGUGAGGGUGAAUAUGAAAUAUUUAGCGUGACGGUUGACAACCUUCGAAAAUGUAAAGCUGAAGAUCCCACUCUCCCCAUUAACCCACCAUGCUCAGUGUGCAAUAUCACAUUUCCAAUUUACAUGGACUUUAUCAUGGAAUGCAAUAAGGAGGACGUUUCCCGGAUGAUGUGUAUGCAAAUAUACAACUUUCUUGCGAGACCAGAGCGUGGAUUUAGUAUCAUGUUUAAUAACGUGCAUAACGCAACGGCAAACUUUCCUCUCCACACUGCUGCAAGAUAUUGCAAAGCUAGUUUUUUUGACAGUUUUUUUCGGCCUUUGUCCCCAAAUUUCAGGGACAAUAAUGCUCAAGCUGAAGUUGCAGUAUUUGCGGGCUUCGAUGAAGCCGUUAGUCAAGGACUGAUUGCGCUGAAGGAACGAUACGAUGUUGCGGAGGUUGAAGUAACUUUGCCAGACCUGUGGAAAACCGACGACAAGUUUACUGCAUUAAAAAAGCAGAUGCAAAAAUAUUGCAGCAAUCGUGGGGACAACAAGAAUUUACUAAAAAAGAUAAAGUUGCUUAUGAAGGGCAUCAUACUCAACACGAGAGACCAUAGUAAAGCGACACCUCUACAUUAUGCCGCAGACCGUGGAAACUGGCAACUUAUUAAAACUCUGUGUGCCAAUAAUGCAGAUAGCACACUCCAGGAUGAAUUUGGAUCGACCCCUUUACACCGGGCUGCCCGAAGAGCUCCCGUCGAGGCUGUAGAAUAUUUAAUAAAUAGAGUGCCAUGUUCAUGCCAAAAGUACAAAAGGGAUCGAUCGUGCAAAUGUAACAAGCAAUUUGUAAAUUUAAAUUCUGAAAUGGGGACCCCACUCCACCAGGCAUGCAUCCGGGAAGGGGACGAUGCCGUGAAGGUUGUGCAGCUUUUACUUAAAUAUGGCGCCGACAUAAAUGCAGUCGGUCCAGUUGGGAUGGGAACCCCGCUCUGCACUACUUUGAUAACUGACAUGGGUCCCUGUUCCGAUAUUGCUUGGUACCUUCUGGGAAGACGUGAUGUGGAUAUUAAGCCGUUAUUUAAUCUGCAUGGAAACAAAUGGUCGCCCUUCAUGCUUGCAAUUUACGGUGGACAUCAUAAAGUUGUAGGAAAGAUAAUUGAAAAAGCCAAACUCUCCGAUCAUAUCGUCAUUAAAGACUUGAAAGAGAACGGCAUCACUCCACUGCAUCUUGCAGCUAUUCGAGACCAAGGGGCUAUUGCCAAGCUAUUAGAUGCGGAUGGGGCAAAACUCACUUUCAGUACAGACGAAUCGGCUUCUACCCUACAUUUCGCGGCACAAAUUGGAGCUAUGGAAUUUCUAGAGUCUGUCAAACAACUGGUGAGACGAGAGCACUUAAGCAACGAGCACCUGGAACCUGGCCUAACUCCAUUUAAAGUUGCUAAGCUAUAUCGCCAUAUCAAAUUUCAAGAAGCAUUAACUGAAAUUGCAAAUAUUUUAUAAAAAUAUUAAUUUCUACCAUUCCUUCAGAUUUCUCUUUUAAUCUGCUUAAUAUAUUUUAUUUCCAUCUAUACAUAUUAACACAUUCCACUAAGCUGGUAAUCAAUUAUGAAUUUAUGUGCACACACUGCCUGUACAUAUAUAAGACGGUGUAAAGGUUAAUAAUAAAUAAAAUGAAUUUAAUCAUAUUUCAUUGAA